AUGGACAGUGAAGGUAUAUCUUCUAAGAAAGAAAAUUUAUUAUUUUAUUCCAACGGUUGUAAUAAAGUCAAAUCUAUUCUUCCUGUUGAUGAGUGGAAUACGCUAAAGCAAGGAGCCAACAAAGAAAUCAACAGUAUUGAAAAAACAGAUUUAUUUGAGUCAUAUUUUUCAGCAAGUCAAGAUACCAAUGUAGGGAGUACUCACUCCCAGUCAAGUGAGUUUGAAGACAGUAUUGACUAUGCUUUUUUGAAUGAGACAUACUCUAUACAUUAUUCAGAGUCAAAGCUAAAUGAAAAUCUUGCUCUUUUAAAUUCAGAAUUAGAUCCUGAAAAGCAAAAAAGAGAAGAGAUAUUUUUUGAUAUUUUGGAGCAUCAAGGUAAGAAGACUGUUGGCUUGGAAAAAAUCUCCAAGAUUUCAGAUGAUGACUAUAAAGAAACCGCUGAAGAUAUGCAAAAGUAUGAUAUAGAUGAAGACUCACAGCAGGAAUAUCACAGUGCAGAAGAACAAGAAUAUAUAAGUAACCAUUUAUCUUUUGAUGGAGCCAAAACAUUAAGUAUAUCUAAUCUGGAAGUUGUUGAAUUAAGAAAUUCAGGUUAUGAAGUUAAAUGUGUUAGCAAUAUAGAAGAUAAUCAUGUUAAGUUGGAAAGUAGUUCUAUUAUUUCUUUGGAUUCACUUAAUGUUUUUGCACAAGAAUAUUCGCCUCAUGUCUCUCAAUUUCAGAAUUCUGUCAUGAUAAAAGAAAAUCAUGAAUCAAAGCAUGAAAAGUGGAAGGAACAAGAGACUAGUUUAAUGUACCACACGGUAUUUGAUCAUCUUUUACAAAGAAACAAUUCUCUUGGAAACCAAGAAUCUCAACCUAAGAGUGGUUUCUUGAAUCCUCAAAAAACACUCAAAACUAAGAUUUAUACUGAGAAAAUGAAAUCUCAAAUACCUGAAAGUAAAGAUCUUUGUGGAAAUACAAUUGUUGAAAACAAAGUAUCACAGCAUCUUGAAAAUCCUACCAAGUUACCUCAGAACAAAGCUUUGGAGUCUUUACUCCAAUCCUGUAAAGGUUGCCAGACUCCCUGGGCCUCUGUUUUUGAUGACUCAGUCAUUUCUGCCUGUGGGUAUUCACAUUAUAAAAGCCUACAAAGCAACCUUGACCCAGCCUUGGGUUUCUCUGUUACACUACCAAGAAUUGCAGUCAAAGAUAAUCAGGCAGUGGAAAAGGAUAGUUCCCUAAAAGUUGUUAGCAACAGUACUACAAAUAAAAUAUGCUCUCCUGAUAGGAAAGGAACAUGUCCUAAAUCAGUGUCAGAUGCAGCAAGUUGUACAGUCACAGUUAAUCAGACAGUGGAUGUUAGCACUGAUUUUAGGGCUUGUUUCACAACCAGCAGGGCAACAAGUGCAAGAUCUCCUGUAGUAUCUACAUCAAGCAACACAGAGAUAACAAUGAUGAAUAAACAAUGGCCUGGCGGAUGGCAGAGUGGAAAACAAACAAGUGUGGCUUGUAAUACAGACUGGUCAUGCAGUCAAGAUUGUGUAGACACACAGGUGGUUUUGACAAAAGGAUCAGGAAGAUCUCUCUCAGUUGAUGGUUUAAAGCCAGAUGGAAAUUUCCUAAAUAAGGAUUCCAUGGAAGUAAGAAAAACAUUGGAUAUCAUAGACUUAAAGAAACAUCCUGAGAGGGAAUUUCAACUUUCUAAAGAGAUGGAGAAGAAUUUGCCAUCAAAGUGCUGUCAGAAUAUAAUGCAGAGAGCCAUAAAAGCAGAGAUGCACCUUUUAAAUGUUCACUAUCAGAUGUGUCAUCACCAUUGUUGUGAUAUUUACAAAUUUAUAAUGGAAAACAGAGAAGGAUUAAAUAGGAAUUUGCCAAGUAAUUCUGCUAAGAAAGAAUUAGGGUCAGCACUACUAUCUGUUUUGGAAGACUUAAAAGUUAGAUAUAUGAAUUUGAAAGAAAAAAUACACAAGGGCAUACUACUGGAAGAGCUGCCCCCACUGUCAGUAGAAUCAAAAUUAUUGUCUGCCUUCUCUACUUUUGCUUCCAGGUUGGUAAAAGAAGAAUCACAUGACUUUUCAGGAGCAGAUUCGGAACUAGAUAAUCAAAGUGCACCUGAUGUUGAUGUUUCUCCAGCCCUAAAAAAGACACUCUCUCAAAUGUCUUUAUUAUCUGAAAGUAGUCAUCCUACACAAGAUCCAACACCUGAGAAAGACAGUUUUAAAAAUGGUGAUAUAAAUGUAGGCUUUAGUCAACUGAAACUUGAUGAUAAAGAGUACAGAAAUUACCGUGAAAUCAGUGAAGACUGGUUUGAUGCUAAAGAGAACCUGACAGGAGCUGACUUCUCAGGAAUACAAGAAAACCAAAUUGAACACGACAAAUGGAAUCCAAAGUUUACACAAGAAAUGAAGAAUGUUGAACCCUUACGAAGAGAUAAAUGUUUUCUGAUACAUGUUGGUGGUCUCUGCCCUUCGGUGUCUGAGGCUGAUUUAAGGUCUCAUUUCCAGAAGUACCGAGUUUUUGAAAUUUCAAUUUAUGAUUCUUCUACUAAUUACAGAUAUGCGUCUCUUGCUUUUAAAAAAAACAGUGAUGCAAAGAUGGCUGUGAAAGAAAUGAAUGGAAUGGAAAUAAAUGGAAAAUCAGUAAAUGUGAGGCUUGUUAAAACUCCUGGAGAAUAUACAUCACCACUUGCCUCCAAAAAUGGGAAUAAAGUUGGUUUGAAUAAUUUGGAGAAAAACACCAACAAAGAAAUGAAUGCCUCCUGCAUUUCUAAAUUGCCCAGAACUAGGCCACGGCAGCUGGGAUCUGAGCAAGACAGUGAGUUUUCCCCUUCAGACCAGAAGGGUGUUAAGAAGAAUUGUAAACAGAUUGAAUCUGCUCAUUUAUUACCUGAGACACCUAUUCAAUUUAUACCUCCAAAUACAUUGAACCUUCGUAGUUUUACCAAGAUCAUGAAGAGACUGGCUGAACUGCAUCCAGAUGUCAGCAGAGACCAUAUUAUAGAUGCUCUUCAGGAAGUAAGAGUAAAUCAUAAAGGUUUCCUGAAUGGCUUAUCUAUUAGUACUAUUGUGGAAAUGACUUCAUCUGUUCUGAAAAACUCUGCUUCCAGUUAGGAAUAAACAAAGCAAUAAAGAGGAUUUCCAUGGAAAUCAGAGUGCCCUUCUUCAGAGAAUGUUCUGCAGCACUUAGAAAAAAGUUAUGGUAAUAGCAAGAUACAAUUAAAUAACCUCAGUAACUAGCCUUAGCUGUUAAAAUAUUUUACUUCAUAUCCCUCCAUAAUUUUAUCUUUUUAAACUUUAUUUCAAACUUGUUACUU